UGGUGUGCACGCGCCGCGGGCUGGCCGCCGUGCCGCCCGGCAUCCCCUCCAACACGCGGUACCUCAACCUCAUGGAGAACAACAUCCAGCUGAUCCAGGCGGACACCUUCCGGCACCUGCACCACCUGGAGGUGCUGCAGCUGGGCAGGAACGCCAUCCGCCAGAUCGAGGUGGGCGCCUUCAACGGGCUCGCCAGCCUCAACACGCUGGAGCUCUUCGACAACUGGCUCACGGUCAUCCCCAGCGGCGCCUUCGAGUACCUGUCCAAGCUGCGCGAGCUGUGGCUGAGGAACAACCCCAUCGAGAGCAUCCCCUCGUACGCCUUCAACCGCGUGCCCUCGCUCAUGCGCCUCGACCUGGGCGAGCUCAAGAAGCUGGAGUACAUCUCCGAGGGGGCCUUCGAGGGGCUCUACAACCUCAAGUACCUUAACCUGGGCAUGUGCAACAUUAAGGACAUGCCGAACCUCACGCCCCUCGUGGGGCUCGAGGAACUGGAGAUGUCGGGGAACCACUUCCCCGAGAUCAAGCCGGGCUCUUUCCACGGGCUCAAGUCCCUCAAGAAGCUCUGGAUCAUGAACUCGCAGAUCAGCGCCAUCGAGCGCAACGCCUUCGACGACCUCGCGGCGCUGGUGGAGCUCAACCUGGCCCACAACAACCUCUCGUCGCUGCCCCACGACCUGUUCGCGCCGCUGCGGUACCUGGUGGAGCUGCACCUGCACCACAACCCCUGGCACUGCGACUGCGACAUCCUGUGGCUCUCGUGGUGGCUCCGCGAGUACAUCCCCACCAACUCCAGCUGCUGCGGCCGCUGCCACGCGCCCCUGCACAUGCGGGGCAAGUUCCUGGUGGAGGUGGACCAGACCUCCUUCCAGUGCUCGGCGCCCUUCAUCAUGGACGCCCCCAUGGACCUCAACAUCUCCGAGGGGCGGGUGGCCGAGCUCAAGUGCCGGACUCCUUCCAUGUCCUCCGUGCGGUGGCUGCUGCCCAACGGGACGGUGCUGAGCCACGCGUCGAGCCACCCGCGCAUCUCCGUGCUCAACGACGGCACGCUCAACUUCUCCCACGUGCUGCUCACGGACACGGGCCUCUACACGUGCAUGGUGACCAACGUGGCGGGCAACUCCAACGCCUCGGCCUACCUCAACGUGAGCACGGCCGAGCUCAACACCUCCAACUACAGCUUCUUCACCACCGUCACGGUGGAGACCACCGAGAUCUCCCCGGAGGACGUCUCGCCCAAGUUCACCAAGCCCGUGGGCCGCCGGGGCGUUUGGCGGGGCCCACGGCCGAGGCGGGCGACAAGACAGACCAGCCUGGACGAGGUCAUGCGCACCACCAAGAUCAUCAUCGGCUGCUUCGUGGCGGUGACGCUGCUGGCCGCCGCCAUGCUCAUCGUCUUCUACAAGCUCCGCAAGCGGCACCAGCAGCGCA